AAACAGCCCGCGCGUCCCCGGCCUUCCCUUUCGUGCUUCAGAGCCGCGCGGGUUAGGACCUCUCCUCGCCGGCUUCGGUAGCCCUUCCUCCCCCGCCGCUGCCUCCAGCCACCCGCUGGGUCCGCACCGCUCGCCAGCAACAUGCCGUCCAAGGGACCACUCCAGUCCGUCCAGGUUUUUGGGCGAAAGAAAACUGCCACCGCUGUGGCCCACUGCAAGAGAGGCAAUGGGCUGAUCAAGGUGAAUGGGCGACCCCUGGAGAUGAUUGAGCCACGCACCCUGCAAUACAAGCUCUUGGAGCCUGUCCUUCUCCUAGGGAAGGAACGUUUUGCUGGUGUAGAUAUCAGGGUCCGUGUGAAGGGAGGAGGCCACGUAGCCCAGAUUUAUGCUAUUCGGCAGUCCAUCUCCAAAGCCCUAGUGGCCUAUUACCAGAAAUAUGUGGACGAGGCCUCUAAGAAGGAAAUCAAAGACAUCCUCAUUCAGUAUGACCGAACUCUGCUGGUGGCUGACCCUCGGCGCUGCGAGUCCAAGAAGUUUGGUGGCCCUGGGGCCCGGGCUCGCUACCAGAAAUCCUAUCGAUAAGGCAGUUGCUGGGAUCGUGGGUCUUUUUGCAAUAAAUUUGGUAUACCACCUUUUGAGGUUUAAA